AUGGUGAAUUCGAGUUUAGCGUAUGAAAUACUGUUAUAUAUAAAUUCAUUCUACUUCGGUCUUUUCGCUACAUGCGAGCUAGGAACAUUAAUUUUGAAGUCAGUAUUGAUUGGUGUUAAGUACGACGAUGUGGAGAAAAAUAGGACGAGGCUUGGACAAGACUACGGAGUGCUGGUGGCCCUAUUCAUAAUAGAAGCAGCUAGACUAUUUUUAGGCCGAAAAGGGAGUCUUAGCGAAAGAGAUAUCCCAGUAAUGUUUUCAGUGCUACUUACAGUUCCUUCUAUAGUGGGAGUCUUGUACUUACUUAUAUGGCAGGUUGUCGUUUUAAGAAUUGAAUAUAUUUGGUGUACCCUGAUGUUAACGUUACAGCUAUUGGAAUUCAUGUUUGCAUCCAUUUUUAUAGUCACAAUGUGUCGAGGACCUUCAUAUGAUUAA